AAUAUCAGGAAUAAGAAAAAUAAAUAAGACUAAUACUUAAAAAUAACGCCAGCAGGCUACCAAGACCGAAAGGUCGGUCAUGGAAGUUGGCUACGGAAGGUGACUGUCCAAGCGUUAGGUGAAAAGGAAAAUCUUUCGGUUCGUCUUCCCUUUCUCUGUUUAACGUGGUGGAUCCUAGAUCCGAUCGCUGGUCAGAACAUCUGCUAGAAACGUGCGCCAAGGAGGCAAUAGUUGGCUAACCAGCCCAGAUAGCUUCUCAUUUGAGAAACUGGGAUGUUAAAGGAGAGAACAGUUACGAAUUUAUCGUGAAUGGAUAUCUUGAGGACUUACGGAAACAGUUACUUUCUUGCGUGUCUACUCAAUGUAUUGUCAGAGUGUUUCAGUGCACACUGUGAAGACUGCAUAUCUUCCUACUGCUGCAGAGGUUCACCUCCGUACUGUUGCUCAUACUACGCCUACAUCGGAAGCAUCUUAUCAGGCACAGCAAUAGCAGGUGUCGUAUUUGGAAUUGUCUUUCUCAUGGGAGUGGUUGCUGGAAUAGCUAUUUGUAUCUGCAUGUGUAUCAAAAACAGUGGGAGCACACGUGUGGGUGUGAUACAGGCAUCUCACAUCAAUACCGUCAGUCAAUUCACUGUCCCUCCUCCUCCGCCUUACAGUUAUGACUAUGAGAUGGAUUAUCCGGUGGAUCUCCCACCCCCUUACACGCCCACACCUCAAGCUUCCCUGCAGUACACCCCACCCCCACCGUAUCCAGGAUGUUCAAGAAAAUAAAUUCUCACUCGACAUCACUAAACACACCGCUGGAAGCCGACGGAAACCCAUUGCUGUAAUAAUAAAUGAGAGCAGGCUGUGUCCAAGACAGCAAAAGCAUAAUUGUUAUUCUGAUUUAUUCCAACUUUGUGCUUGUCAGUAAUUUCCCCCUCAGCUCUUUCGGCAAUUUUCUUUCCUGCAGUGUUAUCAAAUAGAAAAGUUGAUUUUUUAAAAUAAGUUAUUAGUUUUCAUGCUGUAGUUACAGACAAAGUAAUUUAUGAAUCCUGUGAUCUCUUUAUCCAGACUUUGAACUAAAAUAUCCUAGCUACCAAAAGGGAGAGUGACUGUUGAGGAUUGCUAUGUGAAACAAGGUG